CCGGGUCUCCUGGAUUCGCAGGGGUGGCUGGGUGCUUGUUGGAGCGGGAGGCGGGAGCUGAGCGAGGGGCGAGGCCUGAAGGGACCUGCAGAGUCCGUGGUGUCGGAGGCUUUGGUGACAGCGAGGGCUAUGGCGACGACUUCCCUGUGGGUGUAAAAAGUAGAUCAGGUGGCUCCUAUGCUAUAAAGGAUGGCACGGUCACGGUCACGAUCCAGAUCUCCCAGGUGGAAGCAAAGGUCAUUAUCACCACAGUCUAGAAAAUUUGAAUACUACGAGGAAAGACAUUUCCAUGGGCACUAUGACCCUGAAUAUAGAAAUGAUCCAAAAAGACUCUUUACUUGGAGAAUGGAUGAUGAGAAACAUGGACAGAAUAAGCCAAGAAUUCCCCCUCGUGUGAAGUCAUAUUAUCGGUCUUACGAAAAUAGAUCACCUUCCCCAAAUGUAAAGCCUAUUGAAAAAUUUGACACAUAUAAGCCUCACCAGGAAUAUUUCUCUGGAAGAGGAGAUGAUGACAGAAGAUCUCAGUAUAUACCCACAUACUCAGAAAGUGCAACAACCUACACGGAGCAUGAACGGGAUUGUUAUCCCCCUAAAAUCCAAGGAAGGUAUAUUCCUGAUGAGCACAGAGAUAGAGGAAGUGGGAGAGGAGGGAAGCCGCCUCAGAUGUCACUGGGAAAUUCCUUUAGAUUUGAAGAGAAAUGGCAUGAAGAUGAAUUGAGACACCAGAGGGUACAAGAAGAAAGUUACCUUCAGUCACCCAGAAGAGGCUCAGAAGACUUUGACACAAGGAACCCUGCUCAGAAGAGGUAUCCUGAGAACCAUGAUUUCAGAAAGUAUAGCUAUACAUCAAAAAGACCUACAGAUGCAGCAAGGUAUGAUAAUCGAGAACCAGCCAGAAUCCCAAAGUGGAAGCCUGAGCAUUCUUUUCUACCUUUCCAAGAGAAGAACGAGGAGUGGAGUUUUGGAGCCCAAAGUCACAGAUACACUGAGAGAGAAUACCCGGAGAUAAGUUCAGCAACCAGGGUAUCCUAUGACUACCGGCACAAACAUCAUAAGCUCUCCGAUGGCGAGCAGGACUUUCCUGAUGGGAGAUUUCAGAAGUACUUGAAGGAAGAAGACAGAAAAUACAGUUGUCUAAAAGUUCCUGUAACUAGAGAGUCGGAUUGCUUUAGUAUUGCAAGAGGAAGAGACACUGAGAAUGAGCAAGUCAAUGGACCUUUUCAACUCUACAAGAAAGACUGUGGUUCCUAUACUAAUAAAAAUAUAAAGGAAGAUGAUUUUGGGCCUUGCAAUGACAGCAAAUGGAAGAAAAAAAUAAAUAAAGACAAUUGCAGAACAGAAAAUGACUAUUUUAGUAAACAACUUGAUACAAGCCCAGAGCCUGAAGAGAAACGUUAUUCAUUUGUCAAGAAGAAAUCACUUACCGUUAAAGUAGACAUGGACAAGAUGGACGCAUUUAGGUCUACUUCUAGAUAUUCUGCAGAGAGACAGAUAUCACACGAUUUGGUUGCUGUUGGCAAAAAAAGUGACAAUUUCCAUCCAGUAUUUCAGCAUCUUGAUUCAACUCAGAAUCCUGAAAACAAGCCUAUAGAAGAAUUUGCUCAGGAAAUCAUAACAAUAAUCCAUGAAGUUAAAGCAAGUAGUUUUGUAGCAUCUGAUACUACUCUACACGAGCGUUUCUCAAGAAUACAAAAUAGACAUGAUGCAGAUUUCAAUCAAAUGCAACCAAAUUCAGAUCCAGAAUUUCACAGGAGAAUAGAUAUGUCUUUGGCCGAUCUUCAGAAUAAACAGACUGUGGUAUAUGAACCAAAUGUGACUGUGGUCAAAGUAAUAGAUCCAAAUGACUUACGACAUGACAUUGAAAGGAGGAGAAAAGAGCGCUUACAGAAUGAAGAUGAGGACAUUUUUCACAUGGCUAGUCCUAAAGAGAGGAAUCAUCAAUGUCCCGGUUUUUCAAAGAACUAUAUGCAGAGAAAAGAUGCCACUACUCAGAAGAUAUUUAGAGUUGAGGAAAAUCAUCAAAAGAGAAGAGACUCCAAAAGACCUUUUAAGCCCCGUUAUAAGUCACACCUGGUACAGAAGAGCUUGUAUAUUCAGGCUAAAUACCAGCGUUUACGGUUUGCUGGACCAAGGGGAUUUAUUACCAAUAAAUUCAGAAACAGAUUUCUAAGGAGAAAAAAGGAAUGGAGGCAGAGCUGUGGGCCUGACAAUGGAGCUCAUGGGACAGAGUGCAGCUUACCUCUGCUGACAGUACCAUUGGAGGACCAGGCAGACAGGCCCAUCUUGCCUGGCCGGUUGGUUGACAUUGUAGCAUACAGAGUCCACAGCUGGGAUACACAAUAUUCCCACAGAGAACCAACCUGCAAUUACUGCGAAUGGAAUCAACCCUACAUGAGGACUUAACUGAGAACUUUACUGGGCAUCUCAUUUUGUCAGGAAUUGGAAUUGACACUAAGACACUAAUACUGUAACUUUCUUGAUAAAAUAUCUUUAUUUUUCAGUAGUGGAAUGCUGCAACUUUUUUACACUUAACAAUCACUGUUAAUCUCAGUAUUCAAUCUCCAAGUUGUAUUUAACUACAAGCUCUUUUGCAAAAUCAGCAGAAUCAUUUGAGGGGCGUUAUCUUUCUCUGAGCAUAGUUUCACUUGGAGAAUUUAAUCAAAUUAUAUCUAAAUGUUUAUAUGUUGAAAGAUUUGUUUAUGUUGUAAGAACAAGAAUCAGAAUUAUAUAGUGUCUGUAUAUGAAAGAACUUUAAACAGUGGCCUUACAGUAGCAAAUUUUAUACUGGCUUUUCUUUUUCUGAUGACAUUUUGGCUUCUAACUUGAAGUUUUCUGAAGUUUAUGAAAAUCAAGGCCUAUGUGUGUCAUCCAUUUCAUAACAUUAUAUAAGAAGCCUAGAGUAAAGGUGCAGCUCCAUCAGGUCAUGGCGAGUGCACUGAAUUGUUAGUAAUGCAUAUCUUGGGUGUUCCCAUGACUAUUUGUUCUUUUCUAGUUUCAAAUGCUAUCGUGGAAAAUAUGUAAGGAUUUUGUAAUCUCUAUUCCAUCUUCCUUUCCCUCAGGGCAAGCUUGUGCAUAUUAUAUUUUUAAAGGCUUUUAAAAUCUGACAGACAAAAUUGCAUAUUUGAACAUUGUACUUUACUACUACAGUAUUACACAUUCUGCAGACACAUCUUACAGAGGGCAUAUCUUCGGUUCAAUUGAC